AAUGUGUGUAUGUGUAGUCAUGACGUAGUCAUGCACCUCUCCUCCUCAUAAGUUGGGUAAACACUCAGGGGAAGUUAUUUCGAACUGAGGACGGACAGAAGCGAAAAUGCAGCUGGUGGCAUGCCUUUUUUGCGUGGUCUUAUUGACCUUAUGCACAGAUGCAAACCCCAUAAUUAAGGAGAGCUUUGCAAAGCAGCUUCUCCGCACCAAGAGACAGAAGCCUGGAUACCCUGAUGAACCUAUGAGGGAGCACAUGCUGCAUAUGCAGAGGCUGGAGCAGAGGGCUCGAGAGACCAAUCUGGAGCACUGGCUGAACCCCCACUGCUUCCCCCGCUGUGACCGCAACUAUGGCUACCCUGCCUAACCGGCCUACAGUGAUCCAUAAGGUGAAGACGACAAUUGCGGUGACGACUAUGCCGAUGAAGACAACGAAACGGAUUGCAAUAAAAAGACCCCAAAAUGCUGAGGAGGUCAAGGACGCAAAAAGCCGUGAAGACACCCACAUAUCGAUAAUAUAGAAGCAUUUUAGAGAUGUCUUAUUUAGAUAUAAUAAAACCCGAUACGAUAUUAUCGGUCUAAAAUAUGUGUUUGAGAAAAUAGAAAACGUAUUACAACAUGUAAUUUUAGAUUGGAGACUAAUAAUAAAUGCUGUUC